CAACAUGGCGGACGGCAUGGAAGAUUUAAAGUUGACUGUAAACAAGGAUUUUGCAAAGAAACUCCACAAACAGAAGGAAAAAGCUGAACUCGACCAGUUGAAGCAGAAAUUUGGUGAUAAGGAUCCAGAGAGUGAAUCCGAUUCAAGCUCAUCUGAAUCAGAAGAUGAGGAUGCAAGGGAACUCACUUCACAAAAGGAAAAGGAUUUUCUGACUGUCCUAUCCAUGAUCAAGAAUAAAGACCCAAAAAUCUAUGAAAAGGAUUCCAAUUUUUACCAUGAAGAUGAGAACAGUAGUUCUUCAGGAGGGAGUAGCAAAGAGCAGAAUAAAUCCAAAAAGCCUAUGUAUUUAAAAGAUUUUGAAAGAAAGGAGUUAUUGGAAAGAGGAAGCGAGGCAUUCUUGAGUGAUGAAGAAAGUGAUGAUGAAAAAGUGCUUGAGGGCAGAAAAUCUCCUACUUUUGUGGAGGAGCAAAAACAAAUAAAAGAAAGUUUCAAGAGAGCUAUUCAGGAUGAUGGCGAAGAUGCUGAUUUUCUGAAAGUUAGAGAAAAAACUAUGGAAGAAAAGAUGAAGGAGGAAAGAGAUUAUGUGGAAUGGUUGAAAGGACAGGAGAACAAACAAAGCACAAAGUCUGCAAUGGGUAUGCAGGCCUUACGUCAUUACUGGAAUGAUCCCAAUUUAGAUGAAGGGGAACAGUUUUUGAGAGAUUACAUUCUGGAUAGAAAUUACCUUGAGAAAGAUUCAGAGAGAAUUCCUACAUAUGAUGAGAUUGUGGGCUUUGAUGAUGAUGAGGAUGAAACAGAAGUUGAGAAACAAGAAGAAUUUGAACGAAAGUUCAAUUUUAGAUUUGAAGAACCAGACUCUGAGUUUAUAAAAACAUAUCCCCGCACAAUUCAAGCAUCUGUACGAAAAACAGAUGACCGUCGCAAGGAGAAGAGAAAAACAAGAGAGACAAGGAAAGAAAAGGAGAAAGAACAGAAACGUGAGGAAAUCAAGAGACUGAAAAACCUCAAGAGAAAAGAGAUUAUGGAGAAGCUUGAGAAAUUAAAAGAAAUAACUGGAAACCCAAAUGUGGGUUUUAAAGAGGAAGAUAUAGAAGGUGACUUUGAUCCCAAGAAAUAUGAUGAGGCUAUGCAGAGAGCAUUUAAUGCUGAGUUUUAUGAAGAAGAUGAAAAUGAAAAACCUGUGUUUGAAGAUGAUUUGGAUGAUAUUGAAAACUGGGAUGAGUGGGAAGGCGAUUAUGAUGAAAAUGUGGAUGAUGAACAGCAAGAAGAUGGAACGUUUGAACCUCACAGUGAAGAUCCAAACUUUAAUAUGGAUGCUGAUUACGAAGAAAAUGGAAAUGAUCCAAAUGAGUUUAGUGGAAGGAAAAGGAAGGGAAGAUCGAGAUUUGGUCAUGUUAUAGCACAGAAAAAACCAGUAUUUAAUCCAGACGAGAAAACAUUUGAGGAAUAUUUUGAUGAAUAUUACAAACUGGAUUAUGAGGAUAUUAUAGGAGACAUGCCUUGUCGAUUUAAGUACCGACAGGUUGUACCUAAUGACUUCGGGCUCACAACAGAAGAGAUUUUAUCCUGCCCAGACAGAGAGCUAAACCAGUGGGUCUCUGUAAAAAAGAUGUCCCAAUACAGACCUGAAAAUGAAGAGUACUAUGAAGUUAAAAAGUUUCGCAAGCGGGGGAGAGAUCUGCUAAAGAAGAAAAGGAUUCUUACCUCACUGGCUGAGAACGAAAGAUCUGACGAAGUUAACGUCAAAAAGAAAAAGUUAUCUGACCAAAGUUUACCGAAAAAGAGUAAAACGCUGGAACACAAUGUUGAUACAAAUGGAGCGCAAAAUGAACAAACUGAUAUCAGAAAGAGAACGAAAAAAUCUUCUGAUAAGAUAGACAAGACCAAUGAGAAGAAAAGCGAAGACUUACCAGGAGAGGAAGUUUCACUGGCUACAGAAGGUGAAAGCAAUGGAAAGAAUGAAGGGGAAUCAAAAAAGCCGAAAAAACAAAAGACGAGAAAUCCAAAGAGACGGAGGAUGACGUUUGAGGAGUUGAAAGAACUUGCGGUCAAAAAGCGGCUGCGCAGACAAUUUAAAGGCGCAAAGCAAGAAAAACUGAGUAAUUUAUCAGCUUCGCGACUGGCCUCCUAUGGACUUACAAGGAAGAAAAAGAAGAAAUAGAAGUUUUUUUUGUGAUCUCCAGCGCAACUGAUUUUGUUCCUAAAACUGAGAUCUGUCCACCUGCCGCUCAGUUUUCCUUGAUUGACACGACUUAGCUCUCUCUCCCCUCCCUUCUCUUCACUCGGCACAGUAGAUCACAAUAUAAUAAGGGGGGGGGGAGGUUGCAUCCUACAACUUUAUCUACUCAUUCCCGUGUUCAAAGUAAUCCGCUGACUAAACACGUGCAGUUUAAGAGAGAGGCUCCGAAAGAAUAAAUUUAUGAAUGAAUUUAAAAUGAAUUUGCAACAUUAUUCGUUAAUAUUGGAAAAAAUAAUUAAAAUGUCUGGUCAUAUUUAUGAUUUAUAGCCAACAGAAUUACGAUCAGCUAUACUUUCCGUUAAGGAUAAAUCUACCUUAAAGUAGUGGCCGCGAAUCGAUUGCGGGCGCUGCUUCACUAAGAUAAAUUUGAGAAAGCAGUAACCCGCAACUGCGUGUGACUGAGUCAGCAGAAUUGCAAGGUUUAAUUACACGUCGGGGAAAAUAAA